AACAUUCCAUGUGGUUUUCCAGGGCGAUAUGCACGAAUGUGCAGCACGUUGUUGCAGAGAUAGCAACGCCAGCAUGGAUUCUGUACAGCGUUGCAUAGAAGCUUGCUCGACGCCAGUGCAACGUGCCCAACAGCACGUAGAAACCGAACUGGGAAAUUUCAAUAACCGACUACAACGUUGCGUCAUGGACUGCAACGAUACCAUCAAAGACAAAAUGGGCCCGAAACCAUCUGACGAAGAUAUUUCCAAGUACACAUCGAUGUUCGAGCGUUGCGCAAUCAAAUGCGUCGACAAACAUGUAGAUCUGUUACCCGGGCUGUUCAAGUCCAUGCAACAGGUACUAGGGAAUAAAAACUACUAAUUCUGGAUAUGUUUGCUUAUUCGCAACUUAAUUUUUAUAAAACUGGUUACCGCAAGGCAUUUCACUGUUAAAAUUGUGGAGAGAUUUUUUUGUAAUAUUAAAGUGUAUAAUACGAA